AAUUUCUGUGUUUUAUGAAGCAUUUCUCCUGAUCACUUAUAUCAAGCCAAGAGCGCGCUUUACGAAUACAGUAAAUAAUUAUGCCAGAUACGAUGUCGCGCGUGACAUCACGAUCCCUCGAACAGUUCGGAUGGUCUGCCUGUGCAUCUGGUAGUGGUAGGACAUGCUACACACACUCCGUCAACCCUUAUUAUUUCAGAAGUUAAAUUCAGUAAUAAAAUGAAACAGGAUAAGCUUUCUAUUUGUUUGGUUAACGCAAUUUUUUUUUUAUAUCUCAGGUUCCCCUUCAACUAGAGGCAACAGUAACAAUGGCCCCCAAAAAUGGAAUUUACGUGAAGAUUGUUCCAAGGGCAUAAACUACAAGGAAUAUUAAAGAAACACUCAUUUUUUUAACAAUGACCAGCAAAAUCACUCAGCACCCCCGCUCCUCUGCUAUGGGACGCGUCAGCCUCGUUCCCAGGUUCUCUCUCCUACCCGUCUCUCUCUGUCUCUCUCUAUCGCUCCGUGGGGACGGGUAGGAGACAACCGUGGGAACGAGGUUGGGAACGCGUCUGGGAAACCAGGAACCGGAAUUCGGAAUUCUUUCGCAAACCUACAACCUUGCGUAGAAUAAAAAUUGAUAGAACAGUAAACCUCCAUACCCCUUAAAUCAUGGACUGAUGAAGCCGCGCGACAGCCAAAACGCGCCGUUUUCCCAUCCUUGAUUUGGUGGAGAGGGGGGGGGAGUAGUAUAAAUUUUCCAUCUAUUUUGUCCAAGAUUUUAUGAAAGGAGUCAACGUCUCGAAAUAGUGGUCACUCUCAAUGAGAGAGUCGCAGUAGUAAAAAUGACACCAUCGUGCGAAUGGCCUAUUGUAGAACACUUCGGGGGAGUCACCCACUAUGUGAGAACAGUUAGUGAUCUGGUUGACGAGGUAUAUGAGUAGGAAAACAACCCAAACAAAAUGUAAUGCGUUAAAUAACGAACAUUGGCGAGCUGGAGUACCGUACAUGAGGUCUUUUUGGCAGGUUCGAGUCUCGUUUGCAGCCAAACUAUCUUUUUGUUGCUGCAAUGGCCCACGUUCGAUAUAUUAAAAUUCUAAGGUGACUCCGAUGCUUUCUGAUCAUUUUUCUAUAUUUGGUUUGGUUUUCUUUGUGUUCAAGUCUCUUCUAGGAAUUGCAAGACAAUGGAGUUGUGAGAAAUUUGCAAUUUUGACCCUAAAGCCGGGGGGUACUUUUGUUGGUUAUGUGCCGCUAGCCUCUCAGAGCCCCUACGCCAUAAUAGUCUAUUCUGCGACAAAUUAUAGUCCUUUAAAUAGGUAAUCCUAAAAUGAAUUGUCCCAGUUUUAAAUUUGAAUGAAGAACACUUUAUUUUCACCUACAGUACAAACAUUCUGGUUUGUUGGCUAACCGUACAUAUGAAGAACUUUCUUACCCCAAAAAUCCGAAAAUGUGCGACCCCAUUCUAGUAACUCUAUAGGAAAUGCAUCCUCGUGAGAGUCAACCCAGUCGUGAAAAUGCGACCCCAUCCAGCGGUACAUACCCAUUGGCCUCUUAUAAGGAAGUGCGGCCCUAAAGCCUCGGAGUCAUGUUAGAAUUUUAAUACAUCGACAAAGGCUAUUAUUCCUGCAAUUUGUAUGAAUGUUUUGUAGCGUUCUGCUUUCAGGUGUAUUAAAAUUAUUACAUUGAAUCAGGCGUAGGGAUGUCUUUUUUUCCUCUUCCAUGCAGCAGAACUCUCUCGGCUUGGUUAAUGAGGCAUCCCGUACUUGAUCUUACAGGCUAUUCCAUAAGUGAACUUUUUAUUUAUUUUACAAAUUAAAUUAGCACAAUUUCUCUAAUUUGUAUAUGUUCACUGAUAAAUGACAAGGUUUGCUUCAAAAGCAUUUAGCUUUGAAGCGCGCGUGCGAGUGCAGGUUUCUAGCAAUGUAUUAGCUCACAUAACGCUGAGUAACGCCAGUUAGACUCUCAGAAAUGUAGUUUAACUUUGAUGAUAGUGUACCUUCUUUAAAAUUUGAAUAAAUCACACAACUAGAAAGGC